AUGGCGGACGGUCCGCCCGCGGCCGAGGAGCGGCGGUGGCACUGCGAGGUACUGCGGGCGCGGGAGGUGCCGGAGCUGCCGGUGACAGCCACAUAUGUGGGGCAGUUCUAUGUGAGCCAUCGCCAUGGAAAGGGCAUUUGCUACUGUCCUGAUGGCUCCCAACUCCGAGGAGCGUUCUAUCUUGGCCACGUAGAAGGCUAUGCGACCCAGGAAUGGAAGGAUGGCAGAACAUUUCAGGGACUGUACAAAUCUGACGAGCGAUUUGGACCAGGGAUUGAGAGCUAUCCAGAUGGCUGUCAGGACGUUGGCUUGUGGCUUGGAAAUCAUCUCAUUAAACUGUGUACUGAAGUACCCGGUUCUUUUUCUGUCUUGGAUUAUCCAGAGCAUUGCAGAUAUUUUGAUGACAGUUCUCCAAAGAAGUAUAUUUCUGUCAAGGAAGAUCCUUUCCUCCGUAGCUACAAACAUCUUCCUUUUGAUGACGAGGAUAUUUUCCCUGAAGGAGUCCUUGCAUAUUCUUGUAACAUGGAUCAUCUUACCUUGACUCACUCUUUCCUGGAAGACUGUGAUGCUCAUUACUUCGAGAACACCAAAGAGCUGCCUGAAGAAGACCUCUGGCCUGUUGCAAAUGGAACUCCUUUGCUAGUUAGGAUACAAAUGCAUGCUUAUAAGCACAGGCACUGUCAAGCAGAGUUCUCUUCAGAUAUGAAGCUCAUUCUCAGAGGAGUCCGCAGUAAUUGUGGACAUCCAGGCCCCAGGGAACUUGCCUCAAAGCAGUUAAUUGAGGAGGCAGCAAGAGGAGAUUUUGAUGGAGUCUGUGCAGUUCUGAGGAAUGGAUUGGCUCAUCCAGAUGUGGCUGAUAAACAGGGAUACACUGCACUUGCUGCUGCUGCUGUUCAUUCCCACUGUGAUAUUGUGAAUCUACUUCUUGAUAGUGGAGCUGAUGUGAAUAAGUGUAGCGAUGAGGGAUUAUCUGCUCUCUCCAUGUGCUUUAUUCUCUAUUAUCCAGAAGAAUCUUUUAAGGAUAACAUUGCUGAGAGCAGCUUGCACUGUUACCAGUGGAACAAACGAUCAGAACCCUCAGAAGCAGUCAGUGUGGCUGGGAGCGUAACCUCAGAGCAACAGAAGAGAUGGGAAACAAUCCAACUGCUGCUUCGGCGAGGUGCAGAUCCCAACGUCUCCUGGGUCCCAUCACACCUUCUCUUCUUUGCUGUUAAAGCUGCUGAUGCAAAGGCAGUGAAACUCCUCUUAGAAAAGGGAGCCAGGACUGAUGUGCGGCUUCCAUCCAAGUUCCAGGGUUUAUCUCCUCUUCACAUAGCUGCCUCUAUUCCUGGGGAGGAAGGAGUCCAGAUAACAGAGUACCUCCUGAGUUCUGCCCUAGAUCUUGAUGCAAGGGCAGAAGAUGGAAAUGAGGUAUAUGGUCCAGAUGAGCCUCAAGACAAAGAAUCCAGUUUGUCAGCUGAUGUCUCUUGGCCACUGAAAAAUGAAGCAGGACCACCACAAGAGUACUUUGCCUCCUAUAACGGUCCUGUUCCAGAAGAAGGUGGGAGGAGUGCGCUGCAUAUUGCAUGCCAAAGAGAGGGCAACACUGAGCAUGCCAGAGAUGUUAUCCGCCUCCUUUUGAAGCAUAAGGCAAACCCAAACACGCUGUGGAGCGGCCAUUCGCCACUUUCCUUAGCGAUUGCCAGCGGCAAUGACUUGGCAGUGGUUGAACUCCUCAAACAUGGGGCUGACCCAAAUCUGCCACUAAGUGGAGCUGUGGAAAGUGCCCUCUGUGCAGCUGUCAGUACCGCAUAUGAACACCAGAGAACAACAGCACAGAGGAUUGCUUUGGUUGAUAAGCUGCUUGAAGCUGGCGCAGAUAUCCUUGCACCAGUGACUCUUCAGGAGGGAAAGAGAAAAGCUGUGGGAACUGCUGUUGACUUUGCCUAUUAUAAAUAUUAUCAGGACAGGAGAAUUGCUAACACACCGUACCACAUGCUGUCAGCAUCUGAGCAGGAAGUUGUUCAAGCACGCCAGGCACUGCUAGAGCACAUUACAGCAAAGCUCCGUGAGCGCGUCAUUCUGAAAGAGAAAGAGUGGGAUCAAGAAGAGCUGAGAAGGUCCAAGAAAUUGGAUUCAGCCAUUCGUGUAUGUGCUUCAAAGAAAAAAGAGAGGAACCAUCAUGAGGAACAGGGAAGGCUGCCCAUCUUUAAGUACUGCUAUCAGUGCGGACGUUCUGUUGGUGUCCAGCUGUCACCCUGCAAACGCUGUUAUGAGGUCUUUACUUGCAGUGAGGCUUGCAGAAGGAAAUCCUGGAAUGAACGACACAGUCGUGAGUGCUCAGGAUUGCUGGAGAAGAGUACAGGUCAGACGUUUCCAUCUGCAAGCACAGCAGGUCACAAAGGACACAAAAAGAACAUCAUUUGCAAAAAUGGACGAGAAGGUGGAGAAAAGAGAGGUAGAAGAAAGGAUAAGGUUAGGAGUGGUGGAAGAGAGACUCACCAGAAGAAUGGCUGA